GGAGGAGGAGGAGGAGGAGGUGGUCUGCCCUGGCUGGAAGGGGGAGUGCAGGGCUGGACAGACAGACAGAGACAGAGCGGGCUCUCUCCCAUGUGGAGAGCUGGGCUGGCAGCCAGCUCCAGCUGCAGCUCCAGUCAGAGGCACAGGGAGCCCCGGGGGAAAGGCGGGCGGAGGGAGACUCGGCACCGGCUCUGCAGGGGCACUUAGUAAACAUACAUUCCCGGGACAGCAAGAGGCUGCAGCUCACCCCCAUCCCCACCCCCACGCUGCUCCCUGUCUCAGCAACAACAAACUAUGAAGACAGAUUAGUGAGUGUGGAUGAGAGGCAGCAGCAACAACAACAACAACAUGUACGGUCACUACCAUCACUUCAUGAAGCUCCCUGUCACCUACAACCGUGCAGCAUUCACCAUUGUACUUAGAAUUGUAUAUGAGUGUACACCAACGUAUAGCUGGCUGCCCUGCCAAUGCUAAGCACAUGUGGCAGCACAGGCUAGACGCAGAGUAAAACCCCUUCUCAACUCCUAUCCAACGUUCACAGCGACUCUGCGAUACAAGUGAAUUCCACAUCAAUGAACUCUCCCCCCCCACACUCUACAGUGAACUCAAUGGUUGGCCAUCAUUCAAUGAUCGGAUCCUCAGUGAACGCAUCACGCUCUCUCACCACCUCCAUGGGGAACUUGGCUUCCCCAGUGAAUGGAUUGGGAUCUCCGUAUCCAGUCAUCACCUCAUCAAUAGGCUCCCCCUCGGUGUCCCUACCAUCCACUCCGGGCAUUGGCUAUGGACCUCUCAACAAUCCCCAGAUUAACGCAGUGAACAACGUCAGUAGUACGGAGGAUAUUAAACCACCACCCGGCCUGAGCGGACUUGGGAACAUGAACUGCUACAGCCCCAACUCGAUUGCUAAGCAUAUCUGCGCGAUAUGUGGAGACCGAUCCUCAGGAAAGCAUUACGGGGUGUACAGCUGCGAGGGCUGCAAAGGCUUCUUUAAACGGACUGUGCGCAAGGACCUCACCUACACUUGUCGUGACACCAAGGACUGCAUAAUCGACAAGCGUCAGCGAAAUCGCUGCCAAUACUGCCGCUAUCAAAAAUGCCUGGCCACGGGAAUGAAAAGAGAAGCCGUGCAGGAGGAGAGGCAGCGGGGGAAGGAGAGAAGUGACAAUGAGCUGGAGCCCAGCAGCAGUGUCAAUGACGACAUGCCCGUGGAGAAGAUUCUAGAAGCGGAACUGGCUGUAGAGCCAAAGACAGAGACGUAUGUGGAUGCCAGUCCAGGAAAUUCGGUGUGUAGUACAGAUUCCCUUCCACCUCUCUUUCUGCUUAAUUCCAACGACCCAGUCACCAACAUAUGCCAGGCUGCAGAUAAACAGCUUUUCACCCUGGUUGAGUGGGCCAAGAGAAUCCCACACUUCUCCGACCUCCCUCUCGACGAUCAAGUCAUUCUCCUCCGGGCAGGUUGGAACGAGCUACUCAUUGCUUCAUUCUCACACCGUUCAAUCUCAGUGAAGGAUGGCAUCCUCCUGGCUACGGGACUACAUGUCCAUCGCAGUAGUGCCCACAGCGCUGGCGUGGGCUCCAUAUUUGACAGAGUUCUGACAGAAUUAGUUUCGAAGAUGAAAGAUAUGCAGAUGGACAAGACCGAGCUGGGGUGCCUGAGAGCCAUCGUUCUCUUCAAUCCAGAUGCUAAAGGCUUGUCAAACCCAGGAGAAGUGGAAUCGCUGAGGGAAAAGGUGUACGCAUCACUAGAGGCUUAUACAAAACACAAGUACCCUGACCAGCCUGGACGGUUUGCAAAGCUGCUCCUGCGACUCCCAGCCCUCCGUUCGAUCGGACUCAAGUGUCUCGAGCACCUGUUCUUCUUCAAGCUGAUUGGUGACACCCCCAUUGACACCUUCCUCAUGGAGAUGCUGGAGGCCCCACACCAAAUGACAUGAUGCGAUUCUCCACACUGCCUCCUUUCUUAAAUGUCAAAUCUGUAAAUAUUUUCGCUAAUGGUGUGAAUAGAAUUGAUAUAAUGUCAUCCGUCUAACUUGUAAAACAACACAUAUUUUGUAUCUUGAACAAGCACAGAACAGCAAUUAUUUGUUAGUUUGUACAGGGAAUUUAAAAAAAAAUCGCUUAUCGGGAGAAUUUUAGAUUAAAAUUCUAUUCAUUGAAGAAUAAAUCAGGUUUAUAAAUUGCGAUCCAGGACCUCUCUCACACAGCCAUUCUCACAAUCGUUCACUUGCCCUCAGUCAACCUUUGCCCUGGCGUUUUUGAACAGGGACAGUUAUCUGAAUAAGUGCAUCUAUACGGAGCCUGUACCCGCUCAGUGGGCACAUCAGGGAACUGGAAAUCAGAGGGAUCGUGCUGCAGUGAUUCCCUCCCUUACGCUCCUAGCGGGCAAGCACACAUUCAGAGUAUGGACCCUUGUGAGCCAGUCCUCCUGUAUGAAGCCUGUUUUAAAGAGACAAAACCCUCCCAAUUGCCCCCGUCAAAUCUUAAAAUGGCCUUCAGGCAUGAGCUGUGGUGAAGUUUUCAAAAAGCAGAACCUAAAUCACGCAGGUCUGACUGUGUGUAUCCCAGCUGACACUGUGACAAUUCCUUUCUCUCCCUGGUGAAUGAUGUUCCCGAUUUCAGGCUUGAGGAUCAAGAUUUAGACUUUCCUUCAAAUUUUACAUUUUAAUAUUGAAGUAGAUGCAAUCCUCAGUCCGAGUGAUUCUUCAGCUUUGCCCUGGGUUUGGAGAAUCCAGCCAACGGUCAGACAGUAACAGUACAGCACAGGCCGUCACAGGUUGAAUGAAGGGGGAUGUUGGAUGUGGUGUUUUCACACAGCGGGUUAUUAAAGCAUGGAGCUGGUGAGGCAGGGUCUUAUUUCAUAGGGAGUUGGAGAAGGAAUUGAAGAGCAGGAAUAUAAAGGCAGAUGGGUUCAGGAUAAGAGAAUGGGAUUGGGAUUGACAGCACAAGUUGAAGAGCUAACACCAGCACAGCACGAUGAGCAGAUCGGCCUCCCAUAGCCCAUUUUUAUUCAUUUUCAGGAUAUGGACAUUGCCGGCCUUCAUUGCCCAUCCCUAGUUGCCGCCCUGACACGAUGGCAAUACAACUGAGUGGCUUGCUAGACCGCUCCAGAGGGCAAUUAAGAGUCAACCACAUUGCUGUGGGUCCAGAGACACAUAUAGCCCAGUCUAGAUAAGGACAGCAGAUUUCCUUUCCUAAAGGACAUUAGUGAACCACUUGUAUUUUUAUGUCAAUCCUAAGGUUCUUGGUCACUUUUACUGGUGCCAGCUUUUAUUAAUUCCACAUUUUCUUUUUGAACUGAAUUCAGAUUCUCAAGAUGCCAUGGUGGGAUUUAAACUCACCUUCUCCAGAUUAUUGACGUAUUUCCCAUUGUUCGUAAAUAGAGGAAAUAGAGGUGUAAAAGUCAAUGCUAAGCUGUCUGAAAUGCACUAAAAAGCCGAAUUGUAGCUUCAAA